CUUGAACGCGAGAGAGGGGAGAGAAAUUAAACAAUAAUAAAAUACCGAAUAUUAGAAUAAUGAGGGGGAGGUCACGUAAAUGAUUAAGUAUGUAUAAUAAAAUGUAUCGAGUUAAUUAUCAUUGUGAUGUAAUUUUGCGUAAUUAAUUAAUUUCAUUAUAAUGCAACACACGAGUGAAAUGCGAAACGCGCCACCGUAGAAACUGACACAUUCGCCACGCUCAGUUUUUGUUAUUCAUCGCGUGUCAAUUGCCCGAAGGAAUCAGUGUCGCCAUCGGCUGGUCGGCUCAUGCAAGCGGCACACGUCACCGCAUCGGUAUACUCCUGACAGCUUUCUAGCUGGCUCAAAGUACCAAUUACACAUCUGUGUCGCCGCACACGUUUUAUACAUUUUUGUUUUUUUCUUUUCAAAAUAUAAUUCAGAGUGAAAGUUUUCUCUCGCCGUGACAACACCGCGGCGUCUCAAUUAACUGUAAUGCUUCCGUACGAUACAUCUUUUUCUCAGGGAAAUCACCGAAUAACGUCCGUAACGCGGUAAUACGAUGCGGAAAGGUAAAGGAAAGAAAACUCACUACGUCGGAUUAUUUCAGUCCCAGCUGUUAUAUUGUAGAUGAUAAUCUCGAGCCGCGUAGACCGGGGAAAGUUUCUCACGGGGAGAGCAUUUAUGCAACUGCGUGGUCUGGCAUCGAAAUUUCAAAAGAGACGCUUCGAGUCGAGCACGCACGAUCCAAGCGGGGCACAGUUGCGUCAGACGACGAUUUUCGCCCAAGAAGGCGCCCAUAUACAGGAAGUCCCCGUAAUAGUCAGGAGAAUUACCGAUGUCGAGGCUUUCUGCGACACUACUACCAGCAAGAGACCCGUCGAAACGCCGAUGCCGAAUAGCCGGUAUCUCGAUAAAUUUAAGAAAGACAAGCGAGGAAAAGAUAUUCCUUCCACCCACGACACGUCGAAGAAGAAGAGCGUCAGCAUAGAAACCGACGAGGGCACGGCGGUGCUCUUCUAUUCCGAAGAUCUGAAGAGCACAGACGCGGAACGGCUUCUGCAUGCGAUCACUUCGGGCAAGGAGACUUAUUCUUCACUGAAGACCAAGAUAGCUGACGAGAUAAACUGCCGCAUGGCGCUUCAGGGUCUGAGGAGGAUCUUGGAGCUGGAGAACGGCUGGCACGCUUACCGGAAGGCUCUGUCGAGCGAGCGAUCGUUCUCGGAAGCCGUCAACAGGGACACCAUCUUGCGACAGCUUGUGAGUCUGAUCGUCAAGAGCAAAGACAACGAGGUGAUACUGCAAGGUCUCAGGGCGCUCAAGAGGGACCGAUUCAGCCCCGCGAGGAACGUUUACAGGGACUGGCUGUGCAACGAAGCCACUGUCCGAGCUACCGAUGGGAGCCUCACGGUGUCGCAGCUGAUGAGACUGAUGCGCCUCUUGGCUUCUUACAAGGAGCCCAAGUACAGAAACUGCAUCGACCUGUUGUGGAUGGGUCUGGCGUGCAGGGAGCGGGACAUCAAGCCGGACAUGCUGGUGCCGUUGUUCAAGUCGCUCAAGUACUUCCGGCAGAGCAAGAACAUGGUGCGGACGAUUCUGGAGAGGAAGCUCUCGGAGCAAUGGUUGAGGCUGAACGGCUCCCAGAUGGCCGACAUAUUGGACUGCUUUCACGGGAAGGAGCCGCCGAACAGGUGUCUGUCGAGCGCCAGCAAGUGGGCGAGCGUGAGCAUGACCAGCUCGGGCGAGAGGAACCUCGCCGAUUUCGUUCGCAGUUUGCGCACGAAGAGCCACGUCGACGAGAACGUGGAACAGGCGUUGGAGAGAUACGUGACGGUCCGGGGCGGCGAGAUGAAGGACGCCGAUUUAGUGGCUUCCAUCAUGGACUACUGCAAGGGUUUGAAGGUCCGAAAUUCGCGCAUCCUCGCCGAGUGCGGCAGGUACUUCGUGAGAAACGGGAUGGACGUUUCGCCGUCCCUGUUGGCCUCCGUGCUGACGCCGUUCGGCUCGUUGAACGUUCAGCCGCCUGACCCGACGGUCUUCUGGAAGAUCUUCGACGAGGUGCUGUCCGUGAGAUUCGCCGAACUGAAGCUGAGCGACACUCUGGACAUUCUUCUCUCUUGCACGUAUCUCGAGAGAUACCCCGUCAAGUUCCUGGAUAAGGUCUUCAGCUCGUACCUGCUGAACAGGCUGCAGAUCCAACGAGACGCGCCCGUCGUGAAUCGGCUGAAGACCAAACUGAUACUGUUCGACACAACCAUGUCGUUGGAGUGUAAGGAUUACCAGGGCAGUCCGAUUAACAUAGACAAAAGCACAAAGUUGCUGAGCGCAGACGUGAGGAUCAGAAGUAUCGUUAGUCAGAUAUACAAGCCGUUAGGGCGCCUGGUGGGCGGGGAGCACAAGUUGAGCAGGGCAGUCGCUCUGAGCAAACUGCCCCUGAUCAAUUUUUACAUCUCGGACCUUCUGAUCCAUCCGCUCGUCAAGUCGACGCCGGUCUUCAACUUGGAUCUGCAUAAGAAGAGAAACAUCAACACCGCGAUUUUGAUACACCUGCCCGAGUAUUAUUGCCGGAACAGUCGGCAUCUGAUAGGUCCGCAGGUGAUGAGGAAGAGGCAAAUGAGAAAACUGGGCUUUCGAGUCGCGUGUUUGGAUUACGCAAGACUGACGGAACUCGCGAGUCAACGCGACAAAUUGACGUCUUAUCUGUCGCAGAGUCUAGACUCCGUCGAAGACGCAUUGUGAGCCGCGUGCGAAUUCACGGCUGAGAUCGCGAUUGAACGAAAUGUAACUUCUGCCUUUCUUUUUCUUCGACUACGGGGACAUUGUACAUUCGAGCGAAAUAAAAACAUCUCCUUGUAAAAGUGCACAGAAAAAUAACUCGCUGUCGCAGCAAAAUCUGUCGGUUACUAUACGAACAGCAGGGCGAUUGUUAGAAGUACUUAUUGUCGAAUCCACCAUUUAUUUUGCUGUAAAAACGAACGUGUAAAAAAGCGCCGUUUCGUUCCAACGGCAAAUUAACAUUUUCCCAAAAACAAAUUCACUCACAGCGGAAUAUUUUUCCAAUUCCAGCAACGAAACUGUUUCUGCUUCAAUUACGAGUAUGCUAAUUUGAUCAUGCUAACUAAAUUUUAUCGCUGCCGCAAUGAAUAUGCAAGAAUUAGAGCAAUGAUAUGAUUUCGCUACAACAGCGGAAUUAUUUUUCUCCGUGUCGAUUUGUUUUCGAGGGAUGAUUGGUUCAUAAAUCUCUCUCUCUCUCUCUCUCUCUGCUUUUUUUACAGU